AUGGCCGAUGUUAUCGCAGCAUUAGAAUCCAUUGUAGUUGGUGACUUUGUCACCAUCGAAAAGACUUCUGGUCGAGGUGAAAAGACUCAACAAAGAGCUGAGAUACUCUCCAUUCGGAAUCCUCUCUCGGGUGGUGGGCCGGAAUACUACGUUCACUAUGAUGGAUUUAACAAGAGACUCGACGAAUGGGUCUUGUGGAAGAAACUCAACUUGGACUCGGUAGAGCAUUCUAAAGGUGGUUCCACUACUAGCGGUGGUCAUGGUACUAACGUCGCCGCUGCCUCUGCCACCAAGAACAAAUCAUCACCACCAUCGAAAGCUUCCGCCAUCACCAAGAGUGGUAGUAGCGAUGCUCCAACUGUAGUAGUAAGCCAACGACAACCGUCGUCGUCUAGUAGUAGUAAACAAGCUGCAGCCGCAGUUGCACCGGCAAUGGCAGUGACUCCGAGUAAAGACACCAAGAAACGAAAGAGACUCUCGGGUCUCAAUAGAAAGUCAGCAUCGCCAGAGGCUGGUGAUAACGAUGAUGUCGAAUCAGUCACGAAUGGCAAAUCCAGUAGUGGUAAAGAGAAUCGAAAGUUGAAGUACGAUACACCGAUAGCUGUUGCUGGACCCGAUGUCGACAUGGAAGAUGUUGAAAGUGUCGAUACGGAGCCUGUCAAAACUCGGGGCAGUAAAUCAAACACGAGAUCAAAGGACAAGGACGAUGAUGAGGAUAAUGAUGUCAAUAUGGAAGAUGCGAAUGAGAAUAAUGAUGGAACUAAAGAUGGUGCUGGUGAGGAUACCGUCAAGAAUGACGACGACGAGGAAGACGAAACCUUCUCCAAAGAAAAGGAAUUGGAAAAGUUACGGACAGGUGGAUCCAUGACUCAAUCGAUUGGUGAAGUCUCUCGUGUAAAAAACAUAAAUAGGAUUAUCAUGGGCAAGCAUGAAGUGGACACUUGGUAUUUCUCACCAUAUCCUGAAGAAUUCGCUGGUGAUUGUCUAUAUAUAUGUGAGUUCUGUCUCGAAUUCGCCAUCAGCACUCGAGCAUUCGAACGACAUCGCCAGAAAUGCACCCUCCAUCAUCCACCCGGUAACGAAAUCUAUCGUAAACAUGAUAUAUCCUUUUGGGAAAUCGAUGGACGUAAACAGAAAAAAUAUUGUAGAAACCUGUGCCUCCUAUCCAAACUCUUUUUAGAUCACAAGACACUAUAUUACGAUGUAGAUCCCUUCUUAUUUUAUCUAAUGACAAACACGGAUGAAACUGGAUGUCAUUUACUGGGCUACUUCUCGAAAGAAAAGCAAUCCAGUGAAGAAUACAAUGUAGCCUGUAUUCUCACUCUGCCGCAAUACCAACGUAUGGGAUAUGGCAAAAUGCUAAUCUCAUUCUCAUACGAACUCUCCAAAAUCGAGGGUAAAGCCGGAUCACCCGAAAAACCAUUAUCCGACUUGGGACUAUUAUCAUAUCGUAAAUACUGGACGGACAUUAUUAUCGAAAAACUAUAUCAGAUACGCCCGAAAGGUGAAAUCAGCAUUCACGAAUUGUCUCAACAGACAUCAAUAACUCCCGAUGAUAUAUUGAGUACCUUGCACUCAUUGGAUUUAUUGAAAUUCUAUCGAAACUCGUAUGUUUUCUUCUUGACUCAGAAGAAUAUCGAGUAUGCUGAAAAGAAUAUGAAGAAGGUUAGCAAGAAUAGAGUAGAGAAGGAUUUUAUUGAUUGGACGCCACCGAAAUUCCAGCCAAGUCAACUACGCUUCUUGUAA